AUGGAUCCCAUCUCCUUCAACGAGACAUUCGUCAAGGAUAUCUUUGAUGAAAUCGAUGGCAUUAACGGUAAACGUAAAGGUGUUGUUCAUGAUCGUGAAUUUACAACUGUAACUAAUGAUGACAAAGUUUAUGCAGAGUUUGACGAUGAUGAUGUUGCGUCUUUGAGUAAUGAAAAUGAAGAUUAUCGAUAUCAAGACAUGGGGGAAACGUCUGAUGGGUCGAAAUAUUGGUUUCCUAGUGUAGACGUAAAAUAUAAACCUAAGGUUGGUGAUUCUUUUGAGUCUGUAGAAUCGGCUGAGAAAAUGUAUCGGAAAUAUGCCAAUGAAGUUGGGUUUGAUGUACGUGGUCGUACAAUCCGAAAUUCAAAUAUCAAGCGUUCCGGUUGUGGAGCAUGUUUAAAAAUUCACCUUGUUAAAGAACCGAACCAAUACGAAGUUUACAAGUUCGUUGAGCAACACAAUCACAUCCUUUUUAAUAAAGAAGAGAUGAGGUUUUCCCGUUCCAAAAGGCAACUCCACUACGCUGAUCAUAAGAAUGUAUUUCAUGGUUCUAGUUCCAAGGUUGGCGUCACCAAAUCUCAUAGAUUUAUAAAAGCCGUUAAGGGUGGUGUAGAUUCAUCGGGUGGCACUGUAAGAGAUCAUCAAAACUUCAAACGCGAUAUGACAUAUUUUGUUGGCAAUAAAGACGCACAAAUGUUAUUAAAUGUGAUGGCUAAUAGGAGGAAGGUUUGUCUUGAGUUUUUUUUCGAGUACAAGUGUGAUGACAAGGAGUUAGCAAUUUUUUGGGCUGAUGAGACUGCACGAUCAAAUUAUAGGGAAUUUGGCGAUGCAAUAUCAUUUGAUGCAACGUUUAGGACCAACAAGCAUGCUAUGAUAUUUGUUCCGUUCGUUGCAAUUGACAAUCAUAAGAAAUCCGUUGUUGUUGGAGCUGCAUUAAUUUAUAAUGAAUCUGUAGUUGAUUACACAUGGAUUAGUAAUUACCUCCAACACCGCACGCAGUUCGUUAGUAAAUUUAAUAAGUUGACGUGGAACGUUCACCUUGGUCCUAAUGAAUUUGAGAUGCAAUGGAACAAUCUGAUCGAUUUUUAUGGAUUACGUGGAGAUCCAUGGUUUGAUGAAUUGUACAAUAUUAGGGAGUCGUGGAUUCCGGCUUACUAUAAGGAUUAUCAUAUGUCAGGCCUAAUGAAAACAACAUCCAGGUCGGAGAGCAUCAAUGCGAUUUUUAACGUUUAUGCACAUUUUUGGCAUGAUCUUGUUGUUUUUCUCCGUUCUUUUGAUAAUGCAGUUGAAAGUCAACGGGCAACACAUGGGUCACUAGAGGUGACAACCAAGAGCACGAUUCCUCGAUUGGUGUCCCCUUGCAAGUUGGAAGCUCAUGCAGCAGAGGUGUAUACACGGACUAUAUUUUUCGAAAUUCAGAAAGAGUUAAGAAAGGCUGUUUGGCUUUGUGGCUGGGAUGGAUUCACUGACAUUGGUGAAACCAGAGUGUACAUCAUUACUCACAAGAACAAGGCUUCGAAGGUCACAACAAAGUACACGGUGAUUAAGAACAAGAUGGAAAACUCCUACGAUUGCAGUUGCAAUUGUUUUGUUCGUAAUGGGAUUUCAUGUCGUCACGCUCUCAAGGUGAUGUUAAAUGACGAGGUUGACAAAAUUCCCGAUAAAUAUAUACUUCGUCGUUGGCGACGCGAUCUAGUUCCCGUGGAGUGGUUACCAGCACAUUUCAGAUAUGGUGAAUCACACACUGAAGAGACCACAUCGUCUAUUAAAGAGUUUCUUGGAGUAUCUCAACCCGAAACUGUUGAUGUUCUUCCUCCCACCGGUAUUCGAAACAAAGGUUGUGGAACUGGUAAGAGACUUAUUAGCGCUGCAGAGAAAGCAAUUCCAAACGGAAAAAAGCAGAACAAAAAGUGUCGACUAUGUGGUCAGAUGGCUACACAUGAUUCUCGGAAUUGUCCAAAGCGUGAUUACAUUUAA